AUGAAAAAAACUACAAGAGAUUUAACAAAAAAACAAGCAUCGUUUUUAUGGUUUGAAAUGUUAAUAGAAGCGUUAGUGAAUACAUCAGAACAUCAGAAGCCUUCAACAUCAGAAGCAAAAAAUCAAAUGCUUAAUGAAUGUCGUUCAUACUAUAAAGAUAACAAAACAGAAUUAAUUAAAAUUGAACAAUUUCAUAAUUGUUAUUCACCUGAUCAAGUAAUUAAGUGGUAUACUAAACAAAGUUUUGUCCAUAGAUUAGUGAAUAAAGCUUUACGUACCGAAAAUAUUGACAUAAAUUUAAAUAAAUCAAUAUUAAAAUUUUAUCGUGGACAAACAAUAUCGAUUAAAGAAUUUAAUAAAUUAAAAAAUAGUACUGGUAGUUUGAUAUCAUUAGAUGGUUUUUAA